AUGUGUUCGAAAUUGAUUUCUCUCAUCGAGCCUGUUGUAGCCUGUAGCCAGAUAGCUAGUGCUCUGUAUGAUACUGCUCUGCUGAUGGUGGUGAAGGAACUCUGCAACUUGAACUCGACCCUCAGGGGCCAGGAGCACAGCUACCAGGGAGGGGUGUCUCACUUCUACAUGAUCUACAACCUUGUGGCUGGCCUGACCUCCCUGAUCUUCACCUGCACGCUGGCCAGGCUGGGAGACCGCCGUUCCAGGAAGCUCACCAUAUGUGUGCCUCUCCUGGGCUAUCUGAUCUCCAGGGCUCUGCUUCUCCUCACUAUCUUGCUCAGGCUGCCUUUAGAGGUGAUGUUCGGAGCGGCUGCACUGUACGGUGUGAGUGGUGGCUUCACUGCCUACUGGACCGGUAUCAUGGCUAUAGCCUCAGUUACUUCCUCAGAAGGGAGCAGGGCCACCAAGCUCAUUACAGUUGAGCUGGUCUAUGGGCUAUCAGGCUUACUGGGAAGCUUGGCAUCUGGUCACAUCUUUAUCCAUUUCAAGAUCUCCCAUUAUCAGGGUGCUGCCCUGGUCUGUCUUUGUCUUGUUCUUUACACUUUAAGCUUGCUUUAUAGCAUUUUUGUGCUGAAGGUCCCACCUGAACAGUCAGAACCCGGGACUCUGAGGAACCAGCAGCCUGAUAGCAGAGGCUUUCCUGAACCUGGACCAGGUGACACAAGCCAGCCUUCAGAUGGAUCACCAUCGGUCAGGCAAUCCCCAGCUGAGACAUCUAACUGUUUGGCUGACAGCGGGCAAGGAUACCCGAGAACUGUGGACAGGACUCCCUGGGAGACUUCAGGAUUACCAGAUGACCAGGACAACACAAGCUCUCCAAUUGCAAGCAGUGUUUCUGUGGAUAUAUUCACUCUUGGGCUGCUGCUUGCGGGUGGAGUGUUGUUUGAGUUAGCAGUGACAGGUGGAAUAGAUGUGCUGUCCAUAUUUGUGCUAAAGGAGCCUCUCAGUUGGAAUGCUGUCUGGGUUGGAUAUGGGAAUGCUGCAGGAUAUUGCACAUUCAUGACCAGUUACUUGGGAGUCAGGUUCUUUUCCAGGUGUAUGAAGAAUACUUCCUUGAUAGUGAUCGGAAUGGUAUCCUUUUCCUCAGGGAUACUGAUCAUGGCAUUCGUGAAGUGGACUUUCCUCUUUUUUAUUGCCCGAGCUGUGAUGAUGUUUGCUCUUAUUCCACUGCCUACAAUAAGAGCGGUCAUCUCUAAGCAAAUACAAUGCACUUCUUAUGGAAAAAUGUUUGCCAUGCUGCAGAUCUUGCUAACGCUGACAAGCAUCAUUGCCUCGACCCUCUUCAUCCAGAUUUACAGAUCGACUAAGGACUGGUUUCCAGGAUUCUGCUUUUGCCUGUCUACUAUCAUCAGCUGCUUAAGUAUAAUUCCUAUAAUCUUUGUGGUGCGAAGGAUGCCUGAAAGGUCUGGUUACACCCGGAUCCCAGGAAACUGAUGUAAAACACAGGAAGAGAGAAGAAAAAGGGGUAAAAUUUGUGACAUUUCACAAUGCAGCUACAUGCAAUGCAUUUCACAAUGCAGCUCUUACAUGCAGCUAGAUUGACUUUACCGCAACAGAAAACUAACCCAAAUGGUCACAGUGUUCUGCUGUGCAUUUGAUUAAGGCCGUUAAGUGCUUCAACUUCGAUUCUCUUCAAAUCAUGCAAGUGCAGUGUGCUGCAAUAGAUGCUUUUAACCUUCUUGACCUUGUAAGCACGAUGUCAAAUGGAAGGAUUAUUAAACCUAACUCCAUUACUCAGUAAUGUUAUUGGCACUAUUUAAUUCAUUGUUGUGUAUAUUUUUAAGAAGCGUCGUCAUGUAGAUCAAGGAUAUCAAGGCCUUGGAGAGGGUGCAGAGGAGAGUUACCAGAAU